AUGGUGGUUUUAAUUCCCGUGCACAAGCCUGAAUACAAAAACUGGACCAACUGUAGGCCUCUGUGGAUUUUUGAAUGGAAACUGAAUCGGACAUUCAGACACAUUAAAUGGAUGAUGAUGUUAUUUGCAACUACCGGAAUUGGAUUGAAUAAGGUGCUGAGUCUAGCUCUGGCGGACCUCCUCUACCUCUUCACGGCUCCCUUCAUCGUGUACGACAGCCUGGCGGCUGACUGGGCGUUUGGGGAGCUGGGCUGUCGCCUCCUCUUCAGCCUGGACCUGAUCACCCUGCACGCCUCCAUCUACACCCUCACCGCCAUGAGUCUGGACCGCUAUCGGGCUGUGGCCAACCCCCUGGCCACCUCGUCCUCCCCCUCCUCUGGGCUGCUCCGUGUGGCCCUGGCCUGGGGCCUGGCGGUGGCCCUCAGCCUGCCCAUGAUGAUCACCCUCCACCUGGAGGACGGAGACGACGGACAGCUGUGUGUCCCUGCCUGGGACGAGCAGAGCUCCAAAGUGUAUAUGAGCGUGCUGUUCUGUACCAGUAUGAUAGGGCCGGGGCUGGCCAUCGGGGCGCUGUAUGCUACUCUGGGCCGUCUCUACUGGGUGUCCCAGACCCAGCCCUGGGCCAGUGGUAGUGGGGGUAGCACGUCCUACCCUCCGCGGGCCCCAAGGCCCAAGGUCCUGCUCCUCAUCCUGGGGAUAGUUCUGGCCUUCUGGGCCUGUUUCUUGCCCUUCUGGGUGUGGCAGCUGCUGCCGCUAUACCGGCCCGGCAUGUUGCGGACAGUACCAGUGGGUACCCAGGUGACGGUGAACCGGAUCCUAACGGGGCUGACGUACGGGAACUCUUGCGUGAACCCAUUCUUCUACACGCUGCUCACAGGGGGGAAACGUCGGAGGAACAGGCAGACACCGACGUCAGCGAAUCAGCUCUGCCGCAAGAGCAGUCCGCAGUAG